GUAUUUUUCAACAACUACGUUUUCAAAAUUUUGGUGUAUAUAUUAAUUAUUAUAGUCGUGAAUGUUUACUGUUUGGCAACUCUAUGGCUUUAAUAGAUAAUGACUGAUUUACUACGUAUUCGACGUGUUCGACGAAGUUUUGAGAAAAUGAUGGCCGACCUAGAAAAAUUUCUUCUGGACGAACUUACUUGUCCCUCAUGUUAUAAUUACAUGUGUCCGCCGAUAAAUCAGUGUCAAAAAGGUCACAACGUAUGUAAUGAAUGUUUUCCCAGGGUCAACAUCUGCCCUAAAUGCAGAGCCCCGAAAAGUAAUACAUCAAGAAACUACGCCCUCGAAGCGAUCCACGGAAGGCUUCUCAUUCCAUGCAAAUAUCAAUAUCUCGGCUGCGACUACAUAUGCUUAGGGGAAACUAUCAAAAACCAUCAGAAAUAUUGCAAGUUCACGAAACAAGAGUGUCCUUUUUCGUCAUAUGAUAAUUGUCAGUGGAAGGAUUCGAUUAUAAAGCUAAAGACUCAUUUGCUAAAGAAACAUUCUCAUAAUUUUUAUCAGAAAGACAAACAGAAGUUCAUAUCGCAACAUUUUAGGAAUAUUAGUAAUUACCAUUAUAUUUUUGCUGUUAUAUACGUCUUCGACAAUUACUUUAGAUUAACAUGGGAUAUUAAUGAAGGAACAGGUAUGACUCGUUGGGCUGUAUACUUUAUGGGUUCCCCUGAAGAUGCCAAGAAAUACUCCUACAAAUUAGAAUUCACCAAGGGAUAUCAAAUAACCUAUAAUACAGUUCCUUUGACUUUCAAAUCAGUCUGUGAUCCAAAAUCUGAUAAAGGAAGUUCCAAAUUUGGAGACCACAACUGCUUCUACAUACAUAAAACUUUGUUGGAUAAAUACUGCAUAGAAAAUGGAGAUCUUCAUUACAGAGUGUCUAUUUAUGCGUUACAGGAAGAAGAAGAAUACACUAGUGAUAUUGCGUUGCUUUUUGUUGAAGGUUCCAAAAACUUUCCUUGACAGAACAAUGAAGAUUUUUUAUACUCGUACGUUGCUGUUUUGACAUUCUAUGUUUUUUGGAGGAAUCAAAACAGCAGAAGAAUGUUUGGAAUAAAGUUAUUAGUUACCGACUUAUCCAAAGCCGAU